UCCACGCCUGGGAUGAAUCGAAGGGGGCGGGCCUACGCGUGUGACCCGCUCCGAUUGUUGCGCCCUUUGCCCUAGUUGAGAGAUUCCAAGCACAGGCGCUGGAAUCCGAGCGGCCUCGCAAGGCACCAAGGCGCGCCCUCCGGAGGUCCCCGUCCCGUCCCGUCCCACCCGGGCCUGGGCCCCGCUAUCUGCCCGGAGGUUUCCCCCCCAUCCCUUUUUACUUCCUUCGGACCUGAACAUGCUGGCCAACACGGGGAAGUUGGCAGGAUGCACUCUCUUUAUCACGGGUGCAAGCCGUGGCAUUGGAAAAGCAAUUGCCUUGAAAGCAGCAAAGGAUGGGGCAAACAUUGUGAUAGCUGCCAAGACCGGAGUGCCUCAUCGCACACUCCCAGGAACCAUCUACACGGCUGCAGAAGAAAUUGAAGCAGCAGGUGGAAAGGCCUUGCCAUGUAUUGUCAAUGUGAUUGAAGAAGAUCAAAUUAUUGCUGCUGUGGACCAGGCUGUUCAGAAGUUUGGAGGGAUAGAUAUCCUUGUGAAUAAUGCAAGUGCUAUCUCUUUGACUGGCACGCUGGAAACACCUAUGAAAAAAGUGGACCUUAUGAUGAGUGCAAACACAAGAGGAACCUACCUCACAUCAAAAAUAUGCCUUCCAUACCUGAGAAAAAGCAAGAUCGGUCAUAUUCUUAAUAUCAGCCCACCGAUAAAUUUAAAUCCAAUAUGGUUCAAAAAUCAUUGUGCUUAUACCAUUUCUAAAUAUGGAAUGUCCAUGUGUGUGCUGGGAAUGUCAGAAGAAUUUAAAGGAGAAGUUGCCGUCAAUGCUUUAUGGCCACAAACAGCUAUCUAUACCUCUGCAAUGGAUAUGCUGGGAGGUGCUGGUGUGGAGAAGCAAUGCAGGAAAACAGACAUUCUGGCAGAUGCUGCAUACUGUAUUUUAACCAAGCCCAAAAAUUAUACUGGAAACUUUGUUAUUGAUGAAAAAUUGCUGAGGGAAGAAGGAAUUACGAAUUUUGAUGCAUAUGCAGUUGCCCCAGGACAUCCUUUGCUACCAGAUUUCUUCUUAGAUGUGGAUCCUGAAUCAUUAGCAAUGACAAUGGAAGCCCAAGGAGCCUCUCCAACAUUCAGAGAAGGGAAAAAGCAAGAUGUAGUCAAGAAUAAAGUUCCUGACAAAACCAAGGCAGAAGGUCCUGAUGGAGCCAAACCUGGUGUUCAUUUUGCUGCAGAAAGCGCUACAGGGCCUGUGACCCAAACAUUUAAAAUUAUAAAAGGAGCAAUUACUGAAGAUGUUGUAAAGUCAACCCAAGGACUUUAUCGAUUUGAAUUAUCUGGUGAAGAAGGAGGCACAUGGUAUAUUGAUCUUAAAAACAAAGGUGGCAGUGCGGGAAGUGGGGAUCCACCUGGAAAAGUAGAUGUGGUUAUGAGCAUGUCUAGCAGUGACUUUGUCAAAAUGUUUUCAGGAAAACUAAAGCCAACCAUGGCUUUCAUGUCUGGAAAGCUGACGAUCAAGGGUGACAUGGCAUUGGCAAUCAAGUUAGAAAAACUGAUGGGUCAGUUCAGUGCCAAACUAUGAUGACUGAAGAUGGUUUUAAGUGUCACACUGAAUGUUCAAUAAACAUGUGAUGCUUUGCUCUUAAAGUUA